AUGGAAAUGAAGGCGUCUCCUGUGCUCGUGUUCUGUGUUUCUGUCACCCUUCACCUCGUCAUUGCUCAGCUACAGUUGCGCGUGCGCCCGUCGCCUAGCGACCACCUCCCGGUACCGGACCUGCACGAGGACCCGGACCCUGCGCUGCAACCGGGAGAGCGGGAUUUAUCCCCCCGGCUGCUGCGGCGAAAACUCGGCAGCAGUUUUGACCCUGUUUUCUCGUCUAUCGGUCCACCGACUCGAGGAAACGGCUCCGAAAUCCCCCGUGAGGAUGACCCUGGUGCACCCGGAGCGAUUCCACGUGAGUUCCAGCAGCUGAAUUUCACUGCUCUCAAAGUGGCGACGAAGACAGAGCGCAGGAUGCGCCGGUGGAUGUGGUCGUACACCCGGUGCCCAGUGCUGUCCAUGUGGAAAGACCUGGGCGUGCGUUUCUGGCCGCGAUACGUCAAAGAGGGACAAUGCUCGACCGAACGCUCGUGCUCUUUACCGGAGGGGAUGUUCUGUAAACCGGUGCAGUCCGUGAGCGUCACCCUACUCCGGUGGCACUGCCAGCAGGGCUCGCGCGCGCUCAAGCGAUGCGCAUGGAUACGCGCGCACUACCCGGUGAUCUCACAGUGCGCCUGCGCGUGCUGA